AUGACUAUCUCUACUUCCACGAAAUAUCGCGUAGCUGUCACUCAGCAUGAGCCGGAAUGGUUUGAUUUGCAGAAGUCGGUGGAAAAAACAUGUCGCAUUAUCACAGAGGCUGCAGAGAACGGUGCGCAGUUAGUUACAUUCGCAGAAGCAUUUAUUCCAGGCUAUCCUGCUUGGAUAUGGACUCGCCCAGUCGACCCAAUUCUCUCUACCACAUACAUCAAGAACUCCCUAGUCAUCGAUUCUGAUGAGAUGAGAACGAUCCAAGACUGUGCCGCGAAACAUGGAAUCGUCGUCUCUUUAGGAUUCUCCGAAAACGAUAAUAACUCAUUGUACAUUGCGCAAGCUAUCAUCGAUGGCGAUGGAACGAUAGUCAUGAAAAGAAGGAAGAUAAAGGCUACGCAUAUGGAGCGUACAAUUUUUGGAGACUCUUCUGGAGACAGUCUUAUGAAUGUUGCUUCGACUCGCGUUGGAAAGGUUGGAACUCUAGCGUGCUGGGAACAUUGUCAACCCUUGUUGAAAUAUCAUACUUUACAUCAAAGGGAGCAAAUUCAUUGCUCGGCAUGGCCACCAAUUGUCAAUCAUACUGGUGGACCUGAGUUAUGGUCAAUGUCUCUGGAAGGAUGUCAAGCCCUUUCCCAAGUAUAUGCCAUUGAAUCUCAAACCUUUGUUCUUCAUACCACCACUGUCAUCACAGAAAAAGGAGUUAAUGCCAAUUCUUCAGAAGGAGGAUUGUUGAUGUCAGCGCCAGGAGGUGGUGCUUCGGUUAUUAUUGGCCCUGAUGGCCGGGUUAUGUCGACGCCUCUCGAUUCUAGAACUGAAGGAAUUGUGUAUGGAGAUAUUGAUCUUGAUCAAGCGCUAUUUGCGCGAAGUUUCUUGGAUGUCUGUGGACACUAUAGUCGGCCGGAUCUUCUAUGGCUUGGAUGCGAUACUCGUGAACGUAAAUUGAGGGUCGAAGAGAAGCUUGAAGUUACCGAGAAGUGCUGAAUUUUGUUGCACUGCUCUUUAUGAAGCAUCUUCACAAAUGAUUAGUUAAUGUUUAUUUAUGGGUACUGCUAAUUGAUUCUGUUUAUGAUG